GCGCAAUUUUGGCGCAUGCGCGUGGGACGGAGAGAGAAGCGAGAUGGCGGCGCCGGGUCUCCCGACGCCGCUGCACGGACAUGUGGGCCGGGGCGCCUUCAUCAAUGUGUACGAGCCGGCGGAGGAUACGUUCCUGCUGCUGGACGCGCUCGAGGCGGCAGCGGCCGAGCUCGUGGGAGUGGAAAUAUGCCUUGAAGUAGGGUCAGGGUCUGGAGUGGUAUCUGCAUUCCUAGCCUCUAUGAUAGGUCCUCAGGCCUUGUACAUGUGCACUGAUAUCAACCCUGAGGCAGCAGCUUGUACUCUGGAGACAGCACACUGUAACAAAGUCCACAUUCAGCCAGUGAUUACAGACUUGGUAGUCUUUAAUUUCAUGGUAACAGGAUACUUGCAUGUCUGUAUCUUAUUCCUCAGCAAACAGCUUCUUCACCACCACCCACCCCCAACCCCCCUCAUGGUCAAAGGCUUGCUACCAAGAUUGAAGGAAAAAGUUGAUCUUCUGGUGUUUAAUCCCCCCUAUGUAGUGACUCCACCUGAAGAGGUGGGAAGUCACGGAGUAGAGGCUGCUUGGGCCGGUGGCAGAAAUGGUCGAGAAGUCAUGGACAGGUUCUUCCCACUGGCUGCAGAUCUUCUGUCACCAAGAGGAUUAUUCUAUUUAGUUACCAUUAAAGAAAAUAAUCCAGGAGAAAUUUUGAAAACAAUGACAACAAAGGGUCUACGAGGGACUGUGGCACUUUCCAGGCAAGCAGGCCGAGAAGCCCUCUCAGUCCUGAAGUUCACCAAGUGCCGUGUAUUGUGCUGAAUUGAUAAUAAAAGACUUGAAGUGUAAGUACAUUUUAAGACUGGAAAUAGAGGGAUGGAGGAAGAUACAUCAGACAAACCCACAAGGUGAGAUAGCUACAUUAAUAGUUGACUGUACUGGGUUGAAUAGUUCUCACCACCCCCCACCCCCGCCCCGCUCCCAAUUCAUGUCCAACCAGAACCUAUCAGUGCGGUCUUAUUUGGAAAGAGGGUCUCUGCAGAUGUAAUCCAGUUAAGAGGACAUUAAGGUAAGGAGGGGGCAACGUGGUAGAGAAGUAGGAAUCCAUGCUUCCUAUGUUCUCAAACAAAGAAGUGUAGAAGCCAAAGGACUCUGAACACCAGAGUCUGGGAGGAAAAGAGACUGAAUCUACUAGGAAGAAAAUGGGAAAGCUGGAAAAAAGAUAGGUGGGUAACUGCAAACUGGGGGAGAUAAAAAAGGCUGCAUGGG